GUAUCUGACGGAAGUAAUCGCAUGGUGGCUCUCCUUUCUGGUUCGGUCGAAGGGGUCGCGUCUUCGGGUCAACGAACUCUCGUCCCACGCGCGGCGCUGGGGUCAGGUCACGAGAUUUCGCGAGAUCAGCAGCAAAACACGGAGAGAUUCGUCAGGGAGGAGAAUGAGACGCGCCGAAGACACACUCCCGUAGAGUGCUUUUGUCGCUCGGAGGGUGAGCUAUGUGGAGGUGUUCCUGCAUGUGAUGGCGUCCACAGUGUUAGGAUGAGCUGCUCGAUGAUUAACAAGUUCAUCAUCUUCCUGGUGGGGCUGAUCGUCGUGCUGCAGGUCGUGCACAUCACGCUCCUGUCCAGGUUGGAUCGGGACCGCGGUCGGUCCGCCUCCUCCAUCCAAGCCGAGGAUGGGGAGAGGUUCAGCCCGCGGGAAGGGAGGAGGCUAGCCGGCAGCAGCAGCACAAGCAAGGGAAACCUUCGGAAGAGUAGCGCCAAGCUGUCCAAGGGCAGCCUAGACGUCAGCGGGCAGUACAGGAUCCACAACUUCUACAUCCGCAGUGAUGAUGCAGCUAAUGGGGAGGUGCAGUUGGAGGAUGUUACCUUGGUAACUCAGUGUUCAGUGCAGAAUCUUUACCACAUUGUGGAGCUGAGUGUGAGAUGGGACGGGCCCGUCUCUGUAGCCAUCUUUGCGCCUGGUGAGAAUGCAGCAUUUGCAGAUGACAUUGUUGGAGGACUAAGACGCUGUUAUCCACUUAUUCGCAAGUAUGUUUCAUUCCACUUGGUUUAUCCAACGUCCAGAGAGGCCAUCAUCUAUGAGGAGUCCCCUACCUUACUCAACACACCUUGCCAAGACAUCCUACAUCUUGCCAAAUACCACAAGUCAGCAACGCUGAACUAUGGCGCAGAGAAGGAGCCAUAUCCAAACAAUCUGUUGCGGAAUGUUGCUCGACAGGGAUCGUCCACAGAAUUCAUAUUUGUGGUAGACAUCGACAUGCUCCCCAGUGAAAAACUAAGGACUGACUUUGUGCACUUUGCACUGGACAACAGAUUAUUUGACUCCAGAACAAGCAUGGUCUCAGAUCACCUGGACACGGUGUAUGUGGUGCCAGCUUUUGAACUCCAACUGAAUGCAUCUAUUCCAAAAGACAAGACAGACCUGUUGGAAAGCCUGCAGCCCGGCAAGGCUAGGCCAUUUUAUCGAGACAUUUGUUGGAAGUGUCAGAGUUCCACUGACUAUGAUAAAUGGACAACAAGUAAGUCAUCCACUAAAAGGAGGCUGGAUGUUGCGUACAACGUGACUUGGAAGGAUCCUUGGGAGCCUUUCUACAUUGGUCGGUGGUCAGUACCCCUCUAUGAUGAGAGAUUCAAGCAGUAUGGGUUCAAUCGCAUAAGCCAGGUGUGUGAGCUGCACAUUGCAGGAUAUGGCUUCUCUGUGCUGGACCGAGCCUUCCUCAUCCACAAGGGCUGGAAGACAGUGACAGACUUCCAUGCCAGCAAGGACGAGGAGAACAACAGGAACAGGCUCCUCUUCCGCCAGUUCAAGAACGAGCUGAAGGUCAAGUACCCUGACACGGACAGAAGAUGCUACUGAUGGAUGCUGUAGGGACAUGGUCAACUUUCCAUACUAGAUGAGUGUGUUGUAAUGAUGAUCACACAUCUGACAUGUACUGUACUACUGUAGCAUUUGCCAGACAGAAAAGUUGACAAAGGUGGUGUCUCCAAGAUGAAGCAUCUAUUGGCCACAUUUUGACAACCAUGUUUGCAAACUAGGUGCAAUGCUGAAGACACGCAAGUGGAUUUCUUGCACAUGAAAUUGAAGAUCCCGCAUUUACUCAUGGCUUCCAAGGUCAUUUUAGCACUUUUCAAAGGUGGAUGCCAUUCUUGAAGGGGCACUACUUUUAAAAGCACCUUGAUGUAGGACAUCACUGCCUGUAACAUGUCAUCACUUGACUUGAAGUGCAGCAAUUGUCCUGCAUCCUCAGGGGCCAGGAAUGUCAGAGAAUAUAGAUCUAUGAUGUUGAAUGUAUGAUAAUAACUUGGCAUUGCUAAGAAAAAUUGCUCUGAUGCUAAGACAUGUUCCGGCCAGAUGGGCAUCAUGACACAUUUGCUACUUUGGUUUCCACCCUUACUACACACAACUAUCUGCUAGUCUGACAGGAAUGCUGAGCUUAGAUGUGACAGUUAUGCUAUCACCAGAAGGUUGAUGAAUUGAUUCAAAACAGCUUAGGCAAAAAUUGCCCACUAUAAACCAGACACAGCAUGCCAGCUACUUCACCCAUGCUGGUGUUACUUUAUUGCAGAAAGAUGUAAAUUGUCAUAUAGAGAUUGAUUCGUUCUCUGGUACUGAGGGUUAUAGCAUGUGACUUGUAAUGUUACAAGGCAACAGUGGUAACCCUGCAGGAAGUACAAUACAAUACAUGUAUAAGAAAUGACCAAAAUCCCAAUCUGUCAU